AAGACAAUAACAAAAAAUUUUAAAAAAAAAUUUAAAUAAAAACCACACAAACAAAAAAAACAAUGGACUUUACAAAACAAAUUGUCAAAAAAAAUCCAUACGAUUCGGCAAACAUUGUUAACCGAAAUUUUUUCUGGUGGAUUAACCCAUUCCUCAAACAGGGCUAUAGUAAUGAACUAAAAGUUAGCGAUCUAUAUAAGUGUCCAAAAGUUGAUUCAUCUAAAAGAUUGGGCGAAAAACUUGAAAAGGAAUGGGAUAAUGAGUUGGAAACGGCGUUUCAUAAAAAACGUAGACCCAGUCUAUUGAGGGCUAUUUUACGGGCAUUUGGUUUCUGGUAUUUUAUGUCCGGUUCAAUAUCCAUACUAAAUGAAGGCAUAAUUAGGACACUCCAGCCGAUAGCUAUGGGCUAUAUGGUCUACUUUAUGCAGGCGUACAAACAUACACAACAUAUAAAGGACCCGGAUAAUGAUUUACUUAAUAAUUAUUAUAUAAUGGCCGCAAUGAUUAUACUAUUGGGUAUUAUCUAUAUACUAUGGUAUCAUCCGUAUUUUUUCAAAAUGCAACGUAAAGGCAUGCAAUUGAGGAUAGCCUGUUGUAAUCUGGUCUACAAGAAAGCCCUACGAUUGAGCCAUAAAGCCCUCGGCCGGACAACUGUCGGCCAAAUGGUUAACCUAUUGUCCAACGAUGUCAACCGUUUUGAUAAUUCAUUUAUAUUCAUACCGUUCAUAUUUACCGCACCGUUUCAGACAGUUGUCUCAUUGGCCUAUCUAUACUGGGCUGGACUCCAGUGGUCAGUAUUAGUCGGCUGUUCCGUACUGGUCGUCUAUCUACCGUUUCAGAUGUAUAUGGGACGGCUGUUUUCGCAGUUGCGGUCAAAAACGGCUGUCCUUACGGAUGAGAGGAUCCGAUUGAUGAACGAAAUUAUACCGUCGAUGAGAGUCAUCAAAAUGUAUACCUGGGAGAAGCCGUUCGCCAAAAUGGUUGAGAUUGCCCGGCGCCGGGAGGUCAAGAAAAUCAAGUUUACAUCGAUGCUCAGGGGUGUCAAUAUGGCAUUGUUUUUUGUAUCAUCAAAAACAAUGAUUCUGAUAACGUUUGUAGUAUUUGUUAAGGAAAUUGGCCAGAUUGAGGCCCAGUUAGUUUUUGUAGCCCUAUCCUUGUUGAACAAUGUACGGCAAAGUUUGACCCUAUUUUUUCCGUACGGUAUAUCCCAGGGAUCGGAAGCACUGAUUUCUAUUGGCAGAAUAGAGGAAUUUUUAAUACUUGAAGAAAAAGAGGUCGAAUCGGUUUGUAUUGAAAAACAAGAUAAUACAACCAAAAGUCAAGUAGAAAAAGAUACCGGUGUUUGGUUAGACAAUAUGACCGCCUCCUGGGCAGGGGGUGACCAAACAGAGCCCACUUUGAACAGCAUUACGUUUGGUGUCCAACCGGGCGAAUUGAUUGUAAUAGUCGGUCCGGUCGGUUCGGGUAAAAGUUCAAUACUGAUGAGUAUUUUGGCCGAAAUACCUGUCCUAUCGGGUCAUAUGAAUGUUAACGGCAAAAUAGCCUAUGCCAGUCAACAGGCCUGGUCAUUUGCGGGAACCGUUAGAGAAAAUGUAUUGUUUGGCAGUGAAUUCAAUGAUGAAAAAUAUAAAAAAGUUUUACAUGUCUGUGCCCUUGAAAAAGAUUUACAACUAUUUCCUAAUGGUGAUAUGACUAUUGUCGGGGAAAGGGGUGUCUCGUUAAGUGGCGGCCAAAAAGCCAGAAUCAAUUUAGCCCGAGCUCUGUAUUGCGAUGCAGAUGUCUAUCUAUUGGACGAUCCGCUCAGUGCUGUCGAUGCGGCCGUUUCUAAACAUAUCUUCGAGAAGUGCAUCCGGGGGUAUCUGAAAGACAAAGUAGUCCUAUUGGUUACCCAUCAGUUGCAGUUUAUCAGGAAUGCCCAACACAUACUGGUGCUCAGGGAUGGCCAUACGGAGGCACUGGGCACCUAUCCGGAGCUGGUCAGUGCGGGUAUUGAUUUCAUAAAGAUGUCGGGCGACGAAAAACCGGAAACCAAAACGGGAGCCGAGUUGACGACCAGUGGCGGCGAUAAGAGUCUAUCGAGGAGUGGAUCAGUUAGAGGAGGAGGUCAGCCGCGGUCUAUAUCAAUGUCGGGUCAGUCGCAUACCGGUGUCGAAGAGGACGAUGAGCUACAAAACUAUAUCGAGGGAGAAAAGGCACAAAUCCAAAGAGGAGAGUUUCAGCGGAGUGGGUCGGUCAGGGCGGCUAUCUAUUGGCUGUAUGUCCGAUCGGGUAGCAAUUGGUUUUGGCUGACCCUGUUGAUACUGUCCAAUAUUGGUACCCAAUUGCUAUUUACCGGUUCCGAGUAUUUCCUAUCGUUAUGGACCGAUAUGGAACAGGAUGUUAUCAAUUUUGAUUGGGUCCGCCGAUUGGACAGCAAUUGGAUGCUUAUUAUAUUUGCUUUGAUGACCGGCGGCCUGUUUCUACUAUCGCUAGUGAGGACAACCAUUUUUUUCACAAUAUGUAUGCGAUCGUCGAUUACAUUACACAAUAGGCUAUUCGAGAGUGUCAUACGGGCGCCGAUAAGUUUUUUCGAUAACAACCCAAUUGGUGUACUGUUGAACAGGUGUUCCCGCGAUUUAGGCCUAAUCGAUGAUAUGGUUCCCGCAACGGCUUUCGAUGCCGUCGAGAUAUUUGUCCAAUUGUUGGGCGUAAUCAUUAUGAAUGCCAUCAUUGAUCCCUAUCUACUGAUACCGACAGUUAUACUGAUAGUUAUAUUUUAUUAUUUAAGGAAAUACUACAUAACCAGUGCUCGUAGUGUCAAACGUUUGGAAGGUAUUACCCGUAGUCCAGUGUUCUCGCAUUUGUCCAAUUCGUUGUACGGUUUGUCCACUGUUCGGGCAUUCGGUGCCCAGAAAUCGUUUGAGAGGAAGUUUGACGACUAUCAGGACAGUCAUACGUCGUCGUGGUUUCUGUUUAUUUGUUCGACCCGUUGGUUCGGUAUUUUACUGGACUGGCUUUGUUGGGUAUAUCUGGCCGCAGUGACCAUUACAAUGAUAUUCACGUACGAAACCCGAUCGGCCAGCGAAAUCGGUCUGAUGGUAUCGUCGGCCAUAUCGUUGUCGGGUAUGUUUCAGUGGGGUGUCCGCCAGUCGGCCGAACUGGAAAGUCAGAUGACAUCAGUGGAACGGGUCGACGAAUACAGCCAUUUAGUAGCCGAACAUAAUCUGGAGUCGACACCGGACGGUAAACGGCCGCCCAAUGAUUGGCCGGCCAGAGGUGACAUUGAUUUCGAGGACGUUAGCCUACAGUAUAAUCCGGAAGAUCCGCCAGUGUUGAGGAAUCUGACAUUUUCGGUCAAAGGUAACGAAAAGAUCGGUAUUGUUGGCCGUACCGGUGCCGGUAAGUCGUCAAUGAUAGCGGCCCUGUUUCGGAUGUCACCGCCUUCGGGUAUCAUCAAAAUCGAUGGCCUCGACAGUGGAUCGAUAAGUUUGGCCGAUUUGCGUAAUAAGUUGUCGAUUAUACCGCAGGAUCCGGUAUUGUUUGCCGGACCGGUUCGCCGUAAUAUCGAUCCGUUUAACAAUCAUACGGAUAAACGGUUGUGGGAAGUGCUCGAUGAGGUCCGGCUGAAACAUGCCGUUACCGAAUUGUGUGGCGGCCUGGAGGCCGAUAUUGCCGAAGGUGGCAGCAAUUUUAGUGUAGGCCAGCGGCAGCUGAUAUGUCUGGCCCGGGCUAUACUCAAACAAAAUCGGAUACUAGUGUUGGACGAGGCGACUGCUAAUGUCGAUCCCACUACCGAUUCACUGAUUCAGCAGACAAUUAGGGAUAAGUUUGCCGACUGUACUGUACUGACUAUUGCCCAUCGAUUGCAUACGAUUAUGGACUCGGAUAAGGUACUGGUGCUCGAUGCCGGCCGGGUAGUCGAGUAUGAUGAACCCUAUCUAUUGUUGCAAAACGAUCAGGGACUGUUCACGUCGAUGGUCCGGAUGACCGGGAAAGGUAUGGCCCAGAGUCUGAAAGAGAUGGCUAAGAUUGCCUACGAUGGUAAACAUCAGUCGACGACAUCAUCGACGGCAGUGUCAGCUCCGGGAGACGUACCCUAUCAUCGAUUUCAGAUAUCCGACAUCAAAGAGUCGUUGGCUAAGGAACCGGCAAAACACGACAAUAUUCCCGAAUCGCGGGAGGAAUUGGAUGAAGGAUUACAUACGGAAAGUAGUAGUGAUAGUAGUAAUGGUGGUAAUGAUGGUAGUGGUAGUGAUGGUGCACCAGAUAAUGGCAGUGCAGACCAAAUAAUAACAAUACCAACAAACAGUGCCAACAAUUAUAAGUCGACUGUUCUCUAGAAAGAGAGAGAGAGAGAGAGAAAGAGAGAAAAAAAUAAACCAAAAAUUU